CAGCUGCAACAUUAAAGGACUGCAUGCACACUAAUGCAUCGGUAUUAAUAAUGAAAUGAUAUAAAAUAUAAUAAUAUAACAGAGACGUUGCAUUCUGCUGUCAUUUUUGGUGUUUUGUUUAUAAUACUUCUGUAUUUUGUAUGUGCAGUUCCCCGCUGGAGCAGCAGGGGGCGUGGAACAGUCUUGCAGGUGGCCGUGACGUCACGAGGGCUUUAGGUGCUGUGAGCUCUCGCGCCUCUCCGGAGCUCCUCAGUGCUGCUGGAGGAGAACAGGAGCGGAUGUGACCGCCGGGACAAACAUAAUCCGUUUACUAUGGACGUGUUUAUUGCUUGUGGAUGAUGUUUUCGCAGCAAAUAUAAAAAGGUCUCCAGCACCAUCUGAUCCCGUCUGCCUCUACAAGGACCAAAUGCCACUCUACUAAAAAAGGAUUAAAUCAGGAAUCUGACCCUAAGUAGGUGUGAACUGUUGGCUGCAAUCAUGGGGAACCAGCUGACUGAUAUCGCUCCCAACACGUCCUUCCUGCCAAACUUCCAGUCACUGCACGUGGUGGUUAUCGGGCUCGACUCAGCGGGCAAAACCUCUCUGCUCUACCGGCUCAAACUAAAGGAGUUUGUGAAGACCAUCCCCACCAAGGGCUUCAAUACGGAAAAGAUCAAGGUGGCUGUGGGGGCGUCCCGGACCAUAAACUUCCAGGUGUGGGAUGUGGGUGGCCAGGAGAAGCUGCGCCCUCUAUGGAAGUCUUACACCCGGCGGACAGACGGGAUGGUGUUUGUGGUGGACUCCACUGAGCUGGAGCGGAUGGAGGAGGCCAAAGUGGAGCUCCACAAGAUCACCCGCACAUCAGAAAACCAGGGUGUACCCGUGCUCAUCCUGGCCAACAAGCAGGACCAGGAGUCAGCCUCGUCCGUCAGCGAGGUGGAGAAGCUGCUAUCUGUCCACGAACUGAGCAUGUACACGCUGCACCACGUGCAGAGCUGCAGCGCUGUGGACGGUCAAGGGCUCCAACCGGGCCUGGAGAAACUUUACGAAAUGAUCCUGAAGAGGAAGAAGAUGGUGAAGCACAACAGGAACAGGAAGAGAUGAACUCUCGGCUCACACUGUGGAAAUUCGGAGAUUUAGCCACGGUUGAAACACUUCUAUAAUGGUCCCUUUUAAUGGCCGAUUUGUGCCAACACAACAACAAUUACAUUCGGCCGCAGGGUCAGGAGAAAUGGAUUUGCUCAUAAUAAUUGAAGCAGUAUUGACAUAUUCUGUUCUGCAAUCCAGCAGCUGCCCUUCGAAAGCUUAAGUUAUAGAUUUAAAGGGAACCUUGAUAGCAGUUAGUCUUCACUAAGUGCUUUUCUACACUUGUUUUAAAGAAGAAUUCUAGCAAGACAUUUGCCUGUUAACUGUGCGACUAAUAUAUGACCAUUUACAUCCAUGUGGCAGGUCCCUAUACUAUAUAAAAUGUCCUUAUAAUCCUUCACAAGCGUGCACAGAUUCUGCCCCACUAAAUGGCUGUUUUUGUUCCACAGAUGCUUCCCUCAAAUAUUUAUUCCACAUUUUUGUGUUUGUGUGACAGUGGGUCCUUUUAAAAAUGAUAUUAAAUUUCAUUGCCAUGAUGGGACAGUAAUCCCAAAUGCAUUCCCUUCGUGGCCACAGAGGUUAAGUUUCAGUUACUAUAUUAAUAAUGUUUAUACAAAUUGUACAUUUUUGUAACACUGAAGACUUAAUAAACCUAAGCACUGUAUAAGAACCUGCAUUGCUUUCAUUAUAGUUAAUGGAGGGGAAUAAAGGAACGCCUUGAUGGUU